AUGGCUGAAGCAAUCGAAAAAUCAAGCUUCAUUCUUGUAUGUAUGUCGAGUGAUUAUAAGAAAAGUACUAAUUGUCAAGCAGAAGCUGGAUAUGCAUUUAAUCGCAAGAAAACAAUUGUUCCGCUCAUAGUCGAACCAAAGUAUAAAGCAGACGGAUGGCUCGGCUUUAUUGUUGGAAAUAAAAUUUAUAUAAACUUUGCUGAGAGAGAGCAUAAUGAAUUUGAAACAGCAUACAAAAUGCUUCUUGUUGAAUUGCAACGCAAUGGUCUGGAUUUGUUGCAAUCGUCGACUACUUCAAGUUGCUCAAGUAGAGAUUCGGAUAAAAGAAAAUAUGAACAGCCAAGACCAUCAAUGUUCGAGUCAAAACUGAACACUCAAACAAUGCAAAGUGUCUAUACACCAAUGCCUCCAGUUCCACUACCAAGCUAUCGUCGCAUCUUACGAAUCGAUAAUUGGGACGCAACAAAUGUUGUCGAAUUUCUUGUUGACAAUAAUUUGAAGAGUCUACUGCCAAUAUUGAAAGGUACUGAUGGUCAGGGUCUCAUUGAACUUUAUCGAGUCUACGAACGUUCGCCAAACAAUCUUUAUAAAAUGUUCAGUAAAGAUAGGCAAAUGGUUUCACUUGGAACCUUUUUUAAAUUCAUUGGAGCUUUGAAAAAAUUAAUUUGUACUUCUGAACAAUAUUUCGAUUCUUAG